GCCCUGGGGAGAUGCCAAGCCGCUCACGCUAUAGUUCUCACGUUCCUCCACGCGGGGCAGCAUCCAUCGAGGAACGCACUCCCUCCCACUGAUCCACGCGGCUCGCAAGGUCACGCUGCCGCUCGGUGCGCAGUGAGAGCUGGAGACUUUGGACGCCGGGGUUGGGCAGCAUCCAGCAUCCAUGGUGCCGCCUCUUGCCCUACAGCAUGUCGAACAGCAGCUGCAAAGUAUUGCUCUAUCCUCAGCGCGCGCGAGAGAGGAUAUCGAUCGGUUGUUCGACGCUGCCACGGCGCCGGUCGCUCCCGCUGAGUCGGAGGACGCGAGCCUCCCGGACCUCGCCUCGCCACGCAAGUCGCCGCCGGAACCACUGGGCCUGCACCUGCUGCCCGAGGAUCUCGGAGCCAUCUGCGUGGGCUACCUGUGCGUCGCAGACGUCGUGACGUAUUCUGCCUGCUCCGAGGCGACGCGGGAGUGGUACGAGUCCGAAGACCCCUGGGAGGGCUUCCUAGAGCCGCUGUGUCUGAAGGAUAGCUGGUGGUUUGGCCUCGUGGGUGACGAGGAUGAGCCGUCGGCGCGCGCGCGCGUGCUGCACCACGCAUUUAGUCUACGGCUUGCGAAGCGCUUCCUGGCGUCCGCGCCACUGCUCGCCGGUAACGCCGGGACCGGCGAAGGCCGCGCGACCGCGAGGCCCUUGCUCGCAGCCUGCGCCGCAUUGACGGCCACCGAGGCGCUUGCCUUGCAAAGUGGCCGCGAGCCGCCCACGCUCAUCGCCCAGGCCCUGGCCCGCGGCGCGAUUAAGCCUCUGCUUUCGCUCGCCACGAAUGAGGCGAAGAACUUCAGCGCACUCGCAUGUUGCGUCUUAGCCAAUAUCAUCGCGGUGGCAGAGAUACAUCAACGCCUCCUUGGAGUUCGCCAGCCUGACAUAGUGUACCCACAAGUUUCCACCUUCCUCGAGGUUCUCGGCGGCCGCGCGGCUCUCCGGAAAAUCCUCACGAGCCCGUCCGCAAGCGUCGCACAGACGGCGACGAUAACGGACGCCUUGCGGGUCGAUUUGGUCCGCGAGGAAGUGAGCGGGGCCGCGCUCGAAGCGAUCCAAGACGCGUCGAGACAGACCUGCCAAGGCAGCGCCUCGAAGCACGCCGCGCGCGUCCUGUGCAACUGGGACUAUUCAAGGCGGGCGAUUGCUAGCCCAGGCGACGACGUGGCUGGCGUGUCGCUGUUCCCCCGCCUCGUCGCGGCGAUCGCGUCGACGGACAAGUGGACAAUCUUCAACUACGACGUGGAGAGACUCGUAUCCGUGUGUCUGGUUUCCCUGGCGCUCGACGCUGUGGGCAAGAUAACGGGGGGCGGUACGGACGAACGCUACGUAGGGAGCCGCGAGCAGUUCACGGUCAAGGGAGGCGUAGAACCCAAGACGUCGAUGAUAGCAAUGAGCGCGUUCUAUUCAUCGUUCGGACCUUCGAGCGUGGGUCAUUAUAGUUACUGCCUUUGGGCCGACGGCGUCGACGACAACAUCGAUGGCUUCUUUGGUAUCUGGGAGCAGGCGUCGCACGACCCGCAUUUCGAGCUGCGGCGUGGUGGACACUGUCGAUGUGUCCCCGGCGAUCUGACGCCUAUGUUGGGGGGAUCAGAGCACGAACGCGAGCGCCGGAUUGCGGAGAACGACGCGUUCCUCGCGUCGAUACGUCCCGGGGUUGUAUAAUAACUAGAUAAUUA